AGCACGACGCUGUGCGUAUUCUUGCUCGCCUACACCAUGUCGUACGCCAUGAGGCUGCUCAUCACCCAAGACCUGUUGCUCACCAAGACGUGUCGAUACCACCUCGGCCUGGAUCCGGCCCUGUGCGCCAACUUCUCAAACUUCUCCGAGACCAAGAACGUCAUCGAGAGGGUGGCCAACAACUACAGUCUCUUCAUUCUACUGGUUCAGCUGACGCCCGCCGCCAUACUCUCCAUCUUUCUGGGACCUUGGUGCGACAAGUACGGUCACCGUCUGCCCAUCUUCGUAGCGACAGUAGGCGGCAUCCUGCAAGACCUCGGUACCAUCUACACCGUAGUGGACAUGGAAGCCCCGAUGUACGCGAACGUGCUAUGCAGCCUUCCCAACGGCCUCAGCGGUGGCCUAGUGUGCGUCUUCAUGGCCGUCUGCAGCAACGCCUCCAUGUCCACAAAGGGCAAUACGCGAACGCUGCAGUUCCUCAUCGUUCUCAUGUCCGCCAUGAUCGGCAUGGCCUGCGGCCAGUUCAUGGCCGGACAGAUCUUCAGGGCCGGUGGCUACCUUCCAGUCUUCAUCGUGUCCGCCAGCAUGCUUCUGGCUUGCCUGGUCUGGAUAAUGGCCAUGCUGAAGAAUCCCGUCGAAUCGGAAAAAAGUGGCUGGCGGACCAUGCUCAGGGACCUGUUGCAUUUUCGGAACUUCAUCAACGGCAUCCUCGUCUGCGUGAGGAAGAGGCCCAACAGGGGCCGCGCCCAGAUACUCCUCCUCAUGUCCUCCAUGUGCGUCAUUCUGUUCGUGUCCGAGGGCACCCGCGGCAUCAACUUCUUCUACGCGAAGAAGAUGUACGACUGGGACGUGAGCAAGUACUCGGACAUCAAUUCGUGUUUCCUGCUCUUUCGGAUGGUGAGCGUCUCGUUUUUUGUGAUUGUGGCCAACCUGGCCCUGCGCCUGUCUGACUGUACCAUAGCGUUCAUCGGGAUCUGCGGAGGCAUCCUCCAGAGCAUCGCUACGGGCGUGGCCAACAACGAAGUUCUGUUCUAUGUGAGCUACAUCUUGGGAACGCUAGACGCCUCUGCACCCAUCGGCAUCAAAUCGCACGCUUCGAAACUUCUUGACCGGGACGAAACCAGUAAGGGAACAUCUUGUUCUCGCCCAGGUGUUUUCCGUGUGGAUCGCCAUGGAGGCCCUGACGCCGAUCGUGGGCUACGUGUUCGGCUCCCAGGUCUACAACGCCUGCAUCAGCUUCUACCCGGGCCUACCCUACUUCAUCUACGUCCUCUUCGAACUCUACCCGUUCUUCUCCGUCGUGUACUGUUGGUUCGUGUACAGGGAGCAAAGCUGUCCCUGUUUGACGUGCCCCAAAGACGCAGAAAUCAAGACGACGGUUGGCGAAGACUGGACGUACAACCACUACACCCACACCGACGUGUCCUCCGCUGACCUGGAGAAAUAGCGUGUUUGUUUUGUCUCUCCCUCACCACCUCCGAGACCGCGAUGCGUGUACAUCGAUGACGUACGUGACCCUCGUGUCCACGACCUCACUCCUGCAACAUCUAUUCUCGGGCGUUCUUCAAUACGAACACGAGUGCUUGUCUCUGAACACGGGUGACUGUGCACUUUGACCAGGAGCAGCCGAAAGUUGCUCGAAAGGAAACAAAUAAUAAUACUUGCUGCAUCGUGGACUCCUGGGGAUUGUGCUUGUUACUGUAGUUAGUGACAGGCCUAGAACGGCAGGAAGCUUCUUCGGUUGUCCCGCUUCCAGCGCAACCUUGUUGCCUUCGAUAAUGCUUCGGCGUCUCGUGAGCUUCGAGCGUGCACGCACGGACAAAGCACGACUGAGGGCAACGAUCGCGUGCUGGAGGUCAGGCAUUCGAAAAGGACGCCCUGCCGCUCUUAUCCUGUCAGUUACUUUAGCAACACCUGAUGUUAUUAUUAUUUUUUUUUUUUUUCGUAUGAACAUUUAUCGCGAAUUAAAGUCGCGCUCGGCGUUCUGAGAAACACGGAAGGACACCACAACUAGCGCCUAUUAAACGGAAUGCCUGCCCAAGGAAAAGGCUCGGUUAUAAGUUGCAAUGCAUAUCUCUGCCCAAUAAACGUUAGUACCUAAAAAAAAUGCUUUUCAUGCUGUGCCGUAGAUAGGAUUUCGUGUUUUCGGAGUUUAUUUCUGGUGGAAUUCGGAGGGUUUUGUUCGGAGUUUAUUUUUGCUGUAAAUUCGGGGUUUAUCUGAGUUUGUUUUUGUUAGGUUCCCAAUACUCUAAAAUUCGAGUUAAUUUUAUUGCGUUUUAAAUCUUUAAAAUAAAAAAAAA